AUGGGGAACAGUGUUUCAAUUUGCUUCGGUGCCAAGUUGCGCCGCGUCCUCAAAAGACAAAGCAUUAAACCAGCCGCUGAUGUCUCUGAUGCCAUGGCCGACUUUAUGCCAGACAGCAGGCAGACACCACCAUAUUUCUGGGGCGAGGAGUGGAAUCAAGAUCGAAGAUUCAAGCAGCAUGUGAAACACAGUGGGUAUGAAGAAGCACGCAUACUCAUCGAUCGCGGUUCUCAAAGGGAUAUCGAACGGAAUAUUAGGAAAGGCCUAAAGGCGGUCACUGUGACAUUUGCCCUAUUGGAAGCCGGCCAUUUUGAGGCAGAGUCCAAAUCAAAUUGGUCCGAAUCCGACGAUUCCAAACACCAGCACCUCGAGAGUCUCAACAUCGUUGACGUGUGCCUUUCUGAUGAUCUUCUCGCUUGGACAAGGGAACACCAUGGCCUAGGACGAAUAACCUCAGCUAAUCGUCGCGGGCUGCGUCGCGCUUCAGACGAGGUCAUCCAGCUUCUUGGUGCGGAGGACUGGCCUGCACCUCUUCUGACCACGGAUGUGCUGUUCGGCACAGGCCUCAUGAAUAUGCUCAUGGGCGCCUACGAUGCCCGUGUUCUAUAUAGCAAUUACUGCGUUGACACAGAUUCCUUCUACGAGCCUAGCUCCGAGAGAUCAUCCUCUGUGCUUGACAGACCAAGUUCAAUAUUCGCCGCGUACCCCAGGUCUCGAAAGGUGCCCCUCGGUGCCGAGCGUCGCAAAGCUGUCGAGUCGGGACUUUCAUACAUCCACGGCAAGGCGGAAUUGGAGGCUCGAUAUGCUUCACGGUUGGGAGACAAAACGGCAAAGAUGAACCGUGAAGUAGCUCAUACGAUCUACUUCUGUGAGGCUAACAGAGCAGGGAUGGCGAGCGAGGCCAUGGGGAGAUGCUUCGAUGCAGCUGCGAUAUACGACGACAUGGUGUUCAGUAGUGCGGCGACUGACAUCAUAAGCAUUCGGUCGGACAUGGGCAGCAAUGAAAUUAUCAAUUCGUGUCUGAACUCAGCUGACAUUACAAAUGCUGGGGUCGUAACCGAAGACGCCUUACACAAAGUGUAUGAUGCCUUCGCCGCUAUUGGCGCGCGGUGUUUGACCGAGCGGUGGGCUGAGCCGGGCGGUGGAAUGAAUGGUAUGAUAUAUGUGUGGUGUAUCUUGAAUGACCGGAGUUGUUUCCUGCGAAAGGCGGUCUUAGGCUGGAGCAAAAUCCGCAGGGGCGAUAUCAAACGCGAACAGUGGGAGACAGACUUCGAUGAGGCAUUCGAUGUGGACUAUCAUACAACAGGAUAUAGCCGGCGUUUGAAAUUUGCUUGUAAUGGCGCUGAUGUGUGUGAUGGUGUUGAGAAACUGCUGGAAACAGCGGGAACAAGAAACAGGGAACUACUUCGCAAGCUGUGGAUGUGCCUUGCUGGUUGGCCCUUGAGCUACGCAAAAGGCGGUGUCGUGGAUGCGACUCGAGAGGAGGCCAUUAUACAGUCCCUGGCAACAACAUUAGCUCAGGUAUACCAUGAUGGCCUGGUCCUCGAGGAGCAGUGGUUAGUUGCACAUGCACAUCAUCACGCAUGGCAAGUCAACUAUUUGAUGGAGGCAGCUAUGUUUGGGGGCUUAGUGGAUGACGAUUCUCUGAUGGGAAAGAUUGAGUAG